GCCACGACACCUUGCACGACACACUGCACGCUCAUUCAGGGGCCAUCUCGAUCUCAACUUCACCUACGCAGUCUAUAGACCUUAUCUCUUUCUAGAAUUUCCUUGCAUUUGCGCAGUCUCAAAGCACACGUCGACUUCUGCUAGUACUUCGCCGCCAUGAUCCGUCGCGACCCGACACUCAUUCCCAUGACCGACAACGACGUACAGGAUAUCCGCGACAUGCUUGCCGCACGGCAGAAGGAGAGUGCUCUGCAAAAGACGGAGGGGAUGCUGAAGGACGGUGUUACCGGUAUCCCGGGCUUUGCAGCGCAGGAGGAAGCGAGGAGAAAGAAAGAUGCGAUGUCCAAGAACGAACGACUCGGUCUAUGACGUCGUUUGUGUCGUGGUAUCCAUGGUGCACGGCUAUAUGCUGUCGUUCACAUGGAGUCAAGGAGCUAGGUGUCUGUUCCCAUCUAAACGUGUAACUUCGUCAAGUUUAUCGC